GGUGACUGUCAGGCUGCUUCCUGCUUCACGGUGCGGUUUGUUGUUAUUGAAGCGUAGCUCCUUUAAAUGUGAAGGGAACUAUAUUGACGUUCAGAGUUGAUGAAGUUGGUUAUAUAAUGGACUUAAUUCCUUCGUGAACCCGGCUAUAGAAAAAGACACGCAGAAGAUGUCAGGGGCUCAUGAGCAAACCAGGAAGCGACGCCCCCAAAAAAUGUUCUUGAUCUCGACCGACCUGAAGGUUCAGGACCAGGUGGACGGAACCAUUAAGCUGCUGCGGGGGUUCAUCUGCCAGGAGCAAGAGGCGGGCCGGAGCAGAGGCGACAGCUACUGGGUCAAGGUGUUAGACAAUGACUUAAUGUUGAAAAUAGAGAAGAAGUUCCUGCUGGAAAUCCCGUCCGACCUCAGCGGCCUUUUGGAGGCUGUUUCUGAUCCAGAGGCCCGACUAAAGCUUCUAAGAGAUCCUGGGAAGCUGCAGACUUUUGCGUCUCUGCCCGUUGAUUCUCCGCUCUGGGUCCAGAUCGGCCAACAGGAUGAGCUGGCAGAGGCAGACCUUAAAUACAUCGGGCCGCGCUCAAGAGGGAGCAGCGCUGUGUAUUUUGGGGUACAGCUGAAGGGCUCAGCCGCCGGUAAAGGGUCGAGCAACGGCUCCUUCAAGGGCCAGCGGCUCUUCAGCUGCCCUGAAGCCUGCGCCCUCUUCCUGCCCGUCAGCCACGUGUACGUCCGAACCUGGACCCGCAACAACGUGCAGGACGCUCAGGAGCGAGCCAAGGAGCGAGACCGCCACCGCAGCAGCCACGGCAACGGGCAACACGGCAACGGGCAACACAACAACGAGCGGCAGCAUCCUCAGCAUCAAGGUCGUCACAUCAGUUUCCAUCACCCUCGCCCCAGCAGCCCCCCCGUGGGUUUCCUCCCUCGGACAGCAGAGUCAGCACCAAUCACGGCUCAGAACCAGAACCAGGUCCGAGCCCCUGCAUCCCCCCCUCCGCUCCAUGUGGGCCAGAGGGUGAUGUUCCCCAUAGAGGACAACGUCUACGGGGGGGAAGUUCGCUUCUGUGGUCUGCUGCCUGGUCGCUCCUCCUCAGGGAUGUACGUGGGAAUUCUGCUGGACGCUCCUGUGGGACAGUGGGACGGUCUUUAUAAAGGAGACAAGCUCUGCAACAUUCCCUCUCCGCUCUACGGAGCAUUAGUGCCCAUCAACAAGGUUUCCUCAGAUUCGAAACCCCACCGUCACACGCCGCCUCACCAAGUGACCAAAUCCAUCCUGAAGGGCGCCCCCCCCCCCCUCAUUAAGCCCCUCCCCCUGUCGGUCCCCCACUCUGCGCCCAAAGUCGCCCUCAUGCCCCCAGGCAAACAAGGGGUUAAAGUUCCUCCACUGCCGCCCCCCAAACCCAACAACAAGCCGCUUCUUCCCCCUCUGACCGCUCCCAAACCCCUCAGCCCAACAUCACCCACCUUCACCCCCACACAUACCCCCACACAUACCCCUACACACACCCCCACACACACCUCCCCUGAACACUCCCAUCACAAUGGCGUUCACGGCCCCCCCUCCCCCUCGCUGAGGUCUCCGGUCAGCAGUGAGGCUGUGGAGGAGGAUGGAGAGGCGGAGCUCGAUGGGGGGCUGGAGGUGGGGUCCAUGGUGGAAGUGAACGACCCGCCCCUUUUUGGGGUCAUUCGCUGGAUUGGACGCAUCAGUGGGGUGGGAGAGCCGGUGGCAGGGAUUGAGCUGGACCAGGAUCUGUCUGCAGGGACAGACGGCAGUUACCUGGGUGAACGUCACUUCCGUUGCCCCGCCAACAAGGGGCUGUUUGUGAAGCUUCGCAACUGCAGGCGGGACUCCAGAUUCCCCGCCCCCGAGACACCUGUCAAUCAAGUGGAGCGAUGCAACUCUAUAGCGUUUGCAGACUGGGGCAGUGAGCGGGUGGAGGACAACUCCCCCCCUGUGGAGGGGGAGGAGGCCGCUGAGCUCUACGAGGGCUGGAAGAGAGGCAUUCAGGGACACCUCAACUCCUGCUACCUGGACGCCACGCUGUUCAGUCUGUUCUCCUGCUGCAGUUCUGCAGACUGGGUUCUGUUCUGGCCCUCGGAACCCGACAGCGACUCCAGCCUGGCUCAGGACCUGCUGCGCUGCGAGAUCGUCAACCCGCUGAGAAGGUAUGGCUACGUGUGUGCCAGUAAGACGAUGGCCCUGCGGCGACUGCUGGAGGCCGCCAACAGCAACAUGGGCUUCACCAACCAGGAGAAAGAUCCUGAAGAGUUCCUCAACAAGCUUUUCCAGCUCCUCCAAGUCGAGCCGCUCCUCAAGAUCAGAUCGAUGACUCAGCAGCCUCAGGAGGGUCACCUGUACCAGCUCUUCCCGCCUACACUUCCUCCUUCUCCCACCUCACCUUUACUCAUCUCCCCCAUCGGCUCCCCCAUCCCUCUGGCCCCGCCCUCGCCCAGUCGGAUGAGAGUAGCGAGUGUUCAGACGCUGCUGGAGUCUUCCUUCCUCCACGCUGGCCUCAAAUUCGUCGAGGCUCCCUCCUGCCUCUUACUGCUCAUGCCUCGCUUUGGAAAGGACUUCAAAAUGUUUGACGCCAUCCUGCCCACCCUCAGCCUGGACAUCACAGACCUGCUGGACGACACUCUGAGGCAGUGCAGUAUCUGUCAGGCUGUGGCUGAGUGGGAGUGUCUGCAGUGUUACGAAGACCCCGACAUCACCCCCGGGCGUCUCAAACAGUACUGCAGCACCUGCAACACACAGGUCCACAGUCACAGGAAGCGUGCGUCCCACCACCCUGUAGAUGUUGCUGUCCCCGGGGGUCCGUGGACCGGCCCCCUGCUGAGCGCCCGGCAGCGGAUGUCUCUGUUUGCGGUGACGUGCAUCGAGACCAGCCAUUACGUUAGCUUCGUCAAACACGGACCCCUCCCCACCGACUGGAUGUUUUUUGACAGUAUGGCAGACAGGGAAGGUGGCCAGAACGGCUUCAACAUCCCCCAUGUGAAGGCGUGUCCGGAGGUGGGCCGCUUCCUCAGCCUAUCAGAGCAGGAGCUGAGCAGAGUUGAUCCCGCCUCCAUACGGGAGUCGGCCCGCCGCCUGCUGUGUGACUCCUACAUGUGUCUGUACCACAACCCCGAUCUCAGCCUGUACAAGUGACACACACACAACCACACACACACACACACACACACACACACACACACACACACACACACUGAUCUGAGCGUGGAACAAAACACUGUACAGCCGAACAUUUUCUCCUCUGGCUAUAGCCUCAGUCUGCGCCUACAAUUUCCUGAAAAAUAAAUACCCGGUGAUUCUAGUUCCAAGUAUAUUUGUUGUGUACAAUGUACUUAUAUUGAUGUUACUUUGUAUUCAUUUCUUGUGCUGGAAAAGCAGAUACAGAAUGCAAUUCCUGGCUUCUUGCAUAGAAAACAGUUAUCACCUCAAGUGUUUUUUUUUUUCAAGUGACUUUCUGCAUUUUUCAAAAGACAGUUGUGUAUUUAUUUUCCAGCAAAUUGGACGAGUCGCUCUCUCUAAUCUGAAAAUGCAUUUAGGACCUAUGUACGUAUUUGUGACCAAAGCUGGCUUUCCUCAGGACUGAUUUUUAUCUCAAAUAUAACAAUGGGCUCAAUGUCCUUGAGACCAGCAGUAUGAUCCAAUGUGCCUAAUGAACAAACAGCCUGUAGUUUAAGAGCACAUACUGUAUGUAUUUAAUGAUGUGUUAGUCUGAUGGGUUGCAGUACUGUUUUUUUACACCUGAGUUUACCUGUGCCUUAAUAUUUGCUCACACUGUGCCUGUAUCAUAUAACACACUUUUCAAUUUCAAUUUGCACUGCUUCAUUUACAUGUCAGUAUGUGUGUGUAUAUAUCAGCUUUGUCUUAAACUGACUGUAAAGAUUGCACAGAGAUGUUUAAAAUGUUUGUACUGUUUACAGGUUGUUUAAUAUAGUACAGCUACAAACAAUGGGGACAUUGUACAGAAAUAUAAAUGCUUUGAUGCUAUUCUA